CCCUAACCACCCUGUGCCUCUUUUUCAGGUUCCUCCUUCGCCACCACCUAUUCCUGCCCCAUGGAUUUCAACCUGCUGGCAGACACGGAGGCUCGCAGCCCAGCCCUGUCCCUCUCAGAUUCUGGCACUCCCCAGCACGAGCACAGCUGCAAGGGGCAGGACCAUAGUGACACUGAGAAGUCCCAGCAGAACCAGACAGACGACUCCAACCCUGAGGACGGCUCGCUCAAGAAGAAGCAGCGGAGGCAGCGGACUCACUUCACCAGCCAGCAGCUCCAGGAGCUGGAAGCCACGUUCCAGAGGAACCGCUAUCCUGACAUGAGCACCAGGGAGGAGAUUGCGGUCUGGACCAACCUGACGGAGGCACGAGUGCGGGUCUGGUUCAAAAACCGCAGGGCUAAGUGGAGGAAACGGGAGAGGAACCAGCAGGCCGAGCUCUGCAAGAACAGCUUUGGAGCCCAGUUCAACGGACUGAUGCAGCCCUAUGACGACAUGUAUUCUAGCUAUUCCUACAACAACUGGGCCACCAAAGGGCUUGCCACCAGCCCACUCUCGGCCAAGAGCUUCCCAUUCUUCAACUCCAUGAAUGUCAGCCCCCUCUCCUCCCAGCCCAUGUUCUCCCCACCCAGCUCCAUCGCCUCGAUGACCAUGCCUUCAUCCAUGGUCCCUUCUGCAGUGACUGGCGUCCCAGCCUCCAGCCUCAACAACUUGGGAAACAUCAAUAACCUGAACAGCCCAAGCCUCAACUCCGCCGUCUCAUCCAGUGCCUGUCCUUACGCCUCCACAGCCAGCCCCUACAUGUACAGGGACACGUGCAACUCCAGCCUGGCAAGUCUGAGGCUGAAGGCCAAGCAGCACGCCAACUUCACUUACCCGGCAGUGCAGACGGCAGCUUCCAACCUGAGCCCUUGCCAAUAUGCUGUGGACAGGCCUGUAUGAAGUGCUGCUCUCUGCUGACUGGGGACUUGACCUUAGCCUGACACAAGGAGACCUUUAGCCCUACAACAGCGUACAUCCUGCAGAGUGAGAGUGGAAGUGAGAGAAAGCAAAAGAGCAUGAGAGAGCAAGAGCGCACGGCAAGCAGGCAGAUGGACCUCUACGAAGAUUUGUCUAACUAUCGUAUGGUGAAUUUUGACUGUCUUUCCCCUCCCAGUCUCCCUCCCUUCCUGGCCACCAAAUACUCAUCCUCCCUGUUGGUAAGGAAACCAAAACAGUCUGCUGGAAGCCCCAUGGGGAAGCAGGAGCCCCAGCAGGCAGCACGCCUAGCUUGUGGGAAGCUGAGCUCAGCAUAUUUUGGCCUGGCCCCUCUAAACCCUCUUCCCCAGCACAGCCGGGUGCCACCACAGUGGGAUGCAGGGAUGGGGUGACAUGAGGCUGCUCUCCAGUGUUUGGCCAACUCCAUGCUUCUCCCCCCACAAACACAAGGGUUGGUGCAGAAUAUCUCACCCAUCUGCUUAUUAGGUAGCCAGUCAUUGUCUUGGCUGACUGGCAUCCUAUGAGAGCACAUCUAUAGGCAUGGCCUUUCAGAUAUGAAGCCUUGAGGAACUGAGAGUUGUAAGGAUAUAAGAUAUGUGCAUGCAUAUAUAC